GAAGUUUUAAGCGAGAUGCUGAUAUUGGUGCUUGUGGCGGCGGCGGGCAUGCGGCUCUGUCCGCUGGUCGGAGCUCAGCCGUUGUGCCGUGCUCGCACAGUGAGGACAGGAAAAGUGUUUAAUGUCAUGCAGGCAGUCGAUGGGGACGUCCUGUAUUUCCCAUCUACGACACCACGCGUGAUUAAACAUCCUUGCCGGAAAAACGUGGCUGUGUACCUCGGGAGACAACUUUUUUUCACAACAGAUAGCUUUAAGAGUAGCCUCCCUCCUUUAACCAUCCCUUCAUCAAAGCAGGUUGGCGUGCCAGCAGUGACAUCAGUCCAUUUUAUCGGUUCAUUGUUGCUGUUAGUAGUGAAUCAGAAAGUCUAUAUUUAUAAUUAUAGAGAAGUUUCCUGGAAAAGUUCCGUCGGUAUGAAUAAAUCACCCUGUUCUCACAUUUCUGGUGAUAAUUGUUGUUUCACUAGCAACGUAUUUUGUAUAGAUAUAAAUAAUAGGAUUUUCGCGUAUUUGCUUGGAGAACCGGUAUCUCAGGCCCACAUAUACGAGUCAACCAAUGGGGGACGCAGAUUUACGAAGUAUACGUAUGAGGGACAGGCACAAUUAGUCGGGUCUUUGGGUGGAAUCUUCAAUCUUUACGGCUUGUCCCAGAUCGGAAUGCUUAUCAUCUACAGAAACAAGGGCACGUUCAAGUACUCACACCACCCCCUCGACCGGAGUCUAGGGCUGGCCUUCAACUACAACGAGACACUAAACGUGGCCAUCGCCUCCAUAUCGGAGACCGGCUACACACUGGACGGGACCAUCCAGUACCGACUGGACAUUUACUUGAAGCAGCAGCAGCACUGGGGCAGGACGGACCCCAACUUCACAUCCAGCCUAAGGCGAGCCACCAUAUCUACGUUAACCGUGGACAUAGCCAACAAGGAAAUGUCAUGCAUAGACAUCAAGCCACUGUCCACGCUCAUUUCCAUCGGUUGCAACCUGGACAAAAAGAUCAUCGUUCAGAACAAAGUCUCCGCCUGCUCCAUGGGCAUCCUGGACUCCAUGGUCCUUCAGGACAACUACAACUACAUCGUCGAGAAGGAAUUCUACGACCUCAGUUUCCAGGGGAAUAAGUCCACCAAGAACCAGGUGGUGCACUACCCCUACGACCGCCUGGGCUGUCCUCGCCUGGUCUACCACGACACGCCCUGGCGGCCCGUGAUCGAGCUGUGGCAAGAUGGUCAUUUCGAGGAGGUGGUGAAAGCCGACUACGUGCUGCGGGAGGUGAACGGGCUGUUCACGUACUCGUACACCCUGUCGGUCAAGCAGGCGGGGUGCUAUUACCAGCCGCAGAACUGGACCACCAUCAUCAAAGAGAUGGGCGAGCCCACCUGGGACAGAGAGAACUACGUGAGCUGCUUCGACGACGAAAACACCGUCCCCUUGCAGUGGCCAGAGAUCCCGUACCAGAUCUUGGGUGGCAGGACAGAGAACUCCAUCGUUUUUGGCCCACGGAACGGCAUCUACAUCUUCUUCCUGGCCAUUGUGGAUCCGUACUACAGCUACUGUCACCUGCAGACCAUGUUCAGCAUCUACGUGCACGGGGCCUACCCGCCGCUCAGCGUGAACCCCGGCUUCACCAUGGUCAUGCUCAUGGGCGGCAUCAUGCUGGCCCUGUGGCUGGCCUACGUGAUCCCCAAGCUGCUGAGCUCCAACCAGGGCCAGAGGAUCAAGAUGUUCGGGGCCAGGCUGUGCUGGAGGUGCAAAAGGUUGUGCAGGUGCCACUGGCUAAGGUCCCCCAAGCUGGCACCGAAGUAGAGCAGGAAGUCCCCUGGGAAGCCGCCUCACUCCCCGGGAAGCCGGCGCCGAUCCCUGAGCCCGUCGGCCGGGCCGGGCCGUUGUCUUCAAAUAAACUGCGAUGUUGUGAAGCA